CUGUCCUUCUCGCACCGCGCUCAGAAGUGCUGGGUUUGAAACAACACUUCUACCGGUCGGAGAUCGUCUUCGGUGAAUCUUCGAAGUUAAAGCAGUAACUGGACAGGACAAAGGCUGAAGAUGACCCGUCACUUUGAGUUUGUCCUGGCACUGGCAAUCCUGGCUGGAGUAGUGUAUCCAGCCAAGAGCCAGGACCAACAGCUGACUGAUGAAGAUGCCUCACCUGACAUUGAGGAAGCGGAGAUGUUACUUGAAGAGCUGGAAGAUUUGGUGGAGAAAGAAGUGAUGGCCGACAACAACGGUUAUGACAUAGCAGAACUUUUCGGCAAAAGGCAUUUCCUUGUUCACAGCCCAAACCUUGCAUUAGGGAGACCUACGUUUCAAUGUAGCGUAGGAUGGGGAGGUGCCUCGGCUCGAGCUGUGGACGGAAAGAGGAGUCCUUACUGGGCUCACAGUUCCUGCACACACACGAACGAAGAAAACGACCCAUGGUGGUACGUCGAUUUGGGACGCGUAGUCACUGUGGACCACGUCACCAUCGUCAACCGCCGAGACUGCUGCAGUGAAAGGAUCACACCCUUCAACGUCCACGUCGGGUACAGCACCAACGUGGCCAGCAACCCGAGGUGUGGCGGGCAUCACCACUUCCCUCCGACUGAGACCGAGCAUAAUGUCCACUGCGGCGGGUUGAGGGGCAGGUACGUGGGCAUCAGGCUGCCAGGGAAGAAGCGAGUCCUGACGCUGUGCGAGGUGGAGGUAUAUGCAUCUCCAAACCUAGCGUUGGGAAAACCAACUUUCCAGUCAAAUGUCGCAUAUAACGGGUUUGCCCCCCGAGCGACUGACGGAUGCAGGGACCCGAACUGGGGUAGCCAGUGCUGCACCCACACUCCAGCGGAGGCGAACCCUUGGCUGCAAGUGGACCUCGGAAGGUCGUACAGAGUCCAGUGGGUGAUCAUCAUGAACCGUGCGGACUGCUGCCGAGAGCGACUCACCCCCUUCAACAUCCACAUUGGAAACAAUGCGCGUGUAGAGUACAACCCUCGCUGCGGCGGACAUCACACCAUGCCCGCUGGUAGGAACAAGGAUGCCAUCAACUGCAACGGACUGACAGGACGAUAUGUGGGGAUCCGACUGCCCGGCUAUGGCCGUAUCCUGACAGUCUGUGAGAUAGAAGUCUACACAGGUACGCUGACAAAGAGGACAUCUGAAGUGCGGGAGACCGAGGGAAAGGGCUGUGGAGAACAUGAGGAGGGGCAAAGCUGGGUGGGUGAUGAGGAGGAACACAACUGCAACUGUGACGCCGGCGAAGAGUUCUGCUACAAGGUAGUGUGUGGGGAUGAUGGAGAAAAGAAACCCAUCAAGGGCGAAGAAGGGAUGUGGACCUGCGAGGAGACUGAAGAGACCGAGGAAACCGCACGGGAGAUCCUGGAGGAAACCAUGGAGAAUCUGAUGGAGGACUACAAGGAAUAACUGGCUGGAGUUGUGAAGAUCUGGCCAAGAAACUGAUGGACAUGGAAGUCAACUCGGCGUGACUUUCUUUUCACACGUUCAUAGCUUAUUCGUUGUUGGAAUCUAUCUAGUUUGUACCUCUCUUACAGCAUUUUAGAUAUGGACUCUAUUUGCAACUCUUUGGCUUAUGUCAAAUCUAUUUUUCUUUUAGCAGUCGAGAUCUUCUUUCCUUCCUCCCUUUUGAACUAUGGUCUUCUUUUCUGAUUUCCUAAAUUAGAGUCUAUUCCUUUGGUGCCAGCUGUGCAUCUUAUUCUCUAUUUGAUGACAACUGUACCUCUACUGCCGAGGUGCGAUGUUACAACACAGACAAUGUAUGCUCAUAAGCAGAUCUUAUAAAUUAGUUAGCGGUGUUGACAGCAGUGAGGUUGAAAGGAACGUUCUUUUUUCAAACAAAAGGAAACGUUGGUUUAGAUCCGUAGUGAAGGUCCCGGACUAAAGACGUCAUCUAGAAAGAGUACAUGUCUUAACAUGUGAGUUUCGUGGUGCACAUGCUAAAGAAAUUACAAACUAUUU